AUGAGGACAAGACCCAAAUUAUCAGAGAAGGCGAAAGCAUUGCAUCGUAUUUUUUCAUUUCUCAAAUUGAUUCAAGACAGCACAGCCUUGGAUAGAGUUAAAGAAGAAGAAAUUGUUUAUCGAUGUUCCGCCGACAACGUUAGAAUGUCAAGUGAAAAAUUAGGCAGAAAUUACGACGGUAGUACGGUGACGGCAGGAACAUAUAAAGAGUUCAUAGAUGAAAAUAAUGGUAGAAUAACGAUAAAUUUUCUCCCCACCUCAGAAACUAAUGGCAGUAUAUUAUCACAUGCAAAUGAACACAUUCAACCGAUGUUUACUAACUUUCUAACUGAGAAUUAUUAUUACACAGGAGCAAAGCCACUCGAAGCUGAUAUACUUGGUACCGAAGCACUAUAUGGCUUACCAAAUUCUUUGAUUCACCUUUUCUCAGACUGUGUCCGCAUUGUACGUCAUACAGCAUAUUAUAAAACGAACAAUUUGUCGACACCACGUGAAUUCACUACGGUAUCGUUGAAUUUUGAGAAGAAAUUAUUAAAUUGGAAACCAGAAUGGAAUUAUUACGCAGACCAAGACUCAAAAACGUUUAUCAAUGAAACUGUUGAAGCCGUAUAUCAUCAUACCAUGAGUUUUUAUUAUGGUUUGAUUAUUUAUUAUUUUACGAUGGGGAGACAUUUAAAUAAUGAUUUCUUACAAUCAUACGUUAAAAAAGUACUUGAACACCUGAAAUUAGUGACGCGUCUUUCAGAAACGGAUGAUGUUAAAGUUCUUCCUUUGAUUUGGCAAGGGUUUGUUGCUGGAUGUGCAAGCACUUCACUAGAGGUUCAACAAGAAUUUAAAGAUUGGGUAAGCAAAUUCACACAGCAUGGAAUGGGUUCAUAUUGGAAAGCUAGACAAUUAAUGUAUGAAGUUUGGAGAAGAAGAGACCAGAAUUGUGAAGGAGAUGAUUGGUACUCCGUGUGUAAAGAUUGGGGAAUGAAUCUCAUGUUGUUUUAG